GUCGAUUUCCCUGCGACUUUCCACGAACGAACAAAUACCAGAACUCGAAGUGCCAGUCUCCGCUCAAUUCAGCGGUUAAAUCGAUUGUCUCUCCUGUUCGCCAAUCCUCCAUUCUCCAAAUAAAUUCAAAAUGAAGCACCUUGCAGCUUACCUCCUCCUUGGCCUCGCCGGCAACACCGACCCCUCCGAAGACGACAUCAAGAGUGUUCUCUCUUCUGUCGGUAUCGAUGCCGAUGAGGAACGUCUCUCCAAGUUGCUCGAAGAGUUGAAGGGCAAGGACAUCAAUGAGCUGAUCGCCGAAGGCUCAACGAAACUUGCCUCUGUCCCAACUGGCGGUGCUGGUGGCGCUGCUGCUCCUGCUGCCGGUGGUGCGGCGGCUGGCGGCGCUGCUGCCGCUGAGGAAGAGAAGCCUGCCGAGAAAGAAGAGGAGAAGGAAGAGUCUGACGAAGACAUGGGCUUUGGUCUGUUCGACUAAGCGGCAAAUCGUAAAAAUGCAAUGGGAAUUGACUACGCACAAUCUACGACCAAACCACGGGGGAUGCGUGGUCGCUGGAGGAUGACGGUCGCGCUUACAUACAGCGCUGUUGAACCAUCUGCGGGCGCACGAUCUACAUGCGCAAAGCCAAGUCGACCAAUGCCACCGCGGCGAGCAAUGCGAAAAUGGGACAUGGCUACCUCAGGACUUUGACCUGUUUUCCGUCCAGGUGUAGAACGAGGCAACUUUCAAUACAUCCAAUUGAUCCGACAUCACCCAAAAUA